UGUUGUGACCACUUUGUCAGCAGUGGCGUUCUCAUAUGGUUUAAGCCACAGGCUCGCAUGUGCAGCUUAAUGCGCUAAACUCAGCCGUCCCUAUUCAUAGCCUAUGUGUUCAGAGCCGCAGAGUCUUGGUGAGGACUGGACACAAUUCUCAGGAGACAGUCGACGGAUAAAGCAGGGGGUCAGUUCGCACGAUGUGGGACCGAGUUCAGUCGUCGGUAUACGCGCAGUGUGGGGCAGUGCUCGCGCUCGCAGUGACCGGCUUUUUGUUGAUGCGGAAAUGGAUUGCUGGUGGCAUGUGCAAAAGUCAAGCUCGCCUUGAUGGAAAAACAGUAUUGAUUACUGGAGCCAACACUGGCAUUGGCAAGGCAACAGCACAGGAUAUGGCUCGUCGAGGGGCUCGGGUGGUGAUGGCCUGUCGGGACCUGACACGGGCUGAAAUCGCUGCGCAAGAGAUACGGCAAGCCACAGGAAAUGGGAAUGUGAUCAUCCGACACCUGAAUCUAGCCUCCCUUUAUUCCAUUCAGGAGUUUGCCAAAGAAUUUAUAGCCACAGAGGAACGACUGGAUAUUCUCAUCAACAAUGCAGGUGUAAUGAUGUGCCCCAAGUGGAUCACAGAGGAUGGGUUUGAGACACAGCUAGCCGUCAAUCACCUGGGCCAUUUCUUACUUACCAAUCUUCUUUUGGGAAUUCUCAAGAGCUCCGCCCCGAGUCGUGUGGUGAAUGUGUCCAGUAUUGCACAUGUUGGCGGAGAGAUUCAUAUUGAUGAUCUAUUUUUUGACAAGAGGCCAUACAACUCUCUGGAUAGCUAUAGACAGAGCAAGCUGGCCAAUGUGCUGUUCUCCAGACAACUUGCUCAGCGGAUGAAAGGUACUGGGGUGACUUCCUACAGCUUGCACCCUGGAGUGAUCCAUACGGAGUUGGGCCGCCAUGUGAAGUCUCAGUACCCCCUGCUAAGUUAUGUACUCACACUCUUUUCCUUGCUGCUGCUGAAGACACCCUGGCAGGGAGCACAGACGUCCAUCUACUGUGCUGUGACAGAGGGCCUGGAGGACAAGUCUGGAUGCUAUUUCAGUGACUGUGCUGAGAAGGAGCCUGGUCCAGAAGCUAAAGAUGAUGAGCUGGCACGGAGACUGUGGGAUGAAAGUGCUCGACUGGUGGGCUUGACUACAGUGCAGUAGUCUCAUCGACACCUGCUUUCAAUUCUGCAAAGAUCUGAUGUGGUUUCCUUAUGAAGCUGUGUGGUUUCUGACUGGUACCACUGCUGCACAGUACAUGUGGACAACAGUGCAUAGAUCUGCCUCCUGAUUAGUACCACACAAUCAUACUUGUUGCUUAAUUAAUCCCCUUUAAUUAUUAACAGGCUCAAUGAGGCCCAUUUCUAAGUGUUCUGUUGUUGAGGGACACUAUUUGCUUCUGGUUCGCUCAGUGAGCAAGUCUGUUAGUGCUGGGGUUCUAGGUAAAACUAAACGAGCAGCAAGUCUUCAGUCUAUUACCCCUGCUGUGUGUCACUCUGCUGGUGAUGGUGGCUGCAGACCAAAUACUUGCCGCUGGUGUGGAACAGAAGAGAAAAUAGGACAACCUACUCUGUGGGGCACAAAAAUACUGGAGUCACCAAGCAACCACAGUGCAAUUCAAAAUGUAAUUGAUUACACAUGAUUAUUCAUUCAGAGGUUGUAUUUCUGUUGUGUUUCUGGUCCAACUUUAUUUUUUUAGGUGAAGCUGUUCUAUAAUGUAAAUGUGCUAAAUGGCUCUUCUGUAAACAUUUGUAUCUAUGUAUACACACACAUUAUGAUGUCCAUAUAGAGUUCACAUUUGUACAGAGUAAAGACAUGUACAGUAUAAUGUGUAUAUAUAUAUAUAUAUAUAUAUAUAUAUAUAU